CGCCGCAGUAGCCGCAGCAUCUUGUCCUCUCGCGGCAGUUGCGCUCGGUCCAGAUGGAGGACGGCGGCGAGAGUGUGUUGGACGCCAUAUUCCAGGAGAUCGACCUCGCUGGAGAAGAAACCCUAGAGGACCCCGAUGCCUGCGACGUCGAGAUGCCGGACGCCCUUGAAGCCCUAGAAGCCGGAUGCGGACGUACACCCUCACGCUCGGUCGGAGGUGGGGAUCCUCCGGAGGAGGGAGGUCGGAAGAAGCCCCGUAAGAAGUGCCGUAAAAGGAAGAAGAAUCGAUCGGCGGGGAGUGCCAGAGGCGAUGAUGGGGGCGCCGGUUCCAGCAUCGCCGACAUCAAUAGGUUUGUGAUACAGACAUGUAGGCAUCUAAAAGAGCACAAAUCCUACUUACUUUGGAGUGCAGUAGGUUGCCUUGGUGUCUCUGCUGUCAAAGAUCUUGUUAAGGAGGUUGAUGCCAUCCUGAGCUGUGGCGGCCAGAAGACUAAUGAUGGUCGGCGCUACCGCACAAGCGGUGGUAUUCUAUUUAAUAUUUUAAAAACUCGCGAACCAAAGGCAUACAAGGAAAUUAUGGCUAGAGGAAGGGAAUUUGAGAAGCAGCUGAAGGUAUCAAAAGGAAAGACGGCAACAACAAACACUGAGGGUACCUUCAAGAAUUCCAGUAUACCAUCAGCGGCAGGGGAAGCAUUAAACCCUUCUGAAGCUGGAGCAAAUGGUCAGCAGCAACUUAUAUCAUCUGAGCCAGUUAAAGAGCGUAAAAAGUUGGCGGAUAGGAUGCGCAUUCCUGUUUCAUAUGACGAUCUCCUUGAGGAAGGCGAAAUACCCCAAUGAAACUGCUAGAUCAAACAACAAUUGACGAAGGAAGAAUCUACCCACAUUACUCUAUAAUCCAACUUGUUAUGGCGGAUUUUCGAUGUCCUGAGAAGUAAGCUGCGGAAUAAUUUGGCUGAGCGGACAUGUUUCUCAAUAUUGGUGUAAAGCUUCUUGACCAGUUUUCACAUAAAGGGGAACUUGAUAAGUGUGGGAGCUAAAUUUUGUAGAAAUCAUUUGCCAUCUCUUUUUGUCAAUGCAAAUUGUUUGACAAACCUCUUCAGUCUUGUCUAUUAUUGCUUUGCAAUUAGCAUAUAAUUGUCUGCAACUAAUUUAGGUUGGUUGUGUCUAGUUUAAACAUAACUCAGAUGUCAACUAGCCUUUGACAUUUUUUUCUCCUUUUUUUUAAUAAAAUUUUUAAUAUGACUGCUAAA